GUGCAAGGAACCAUCUUCCCUGCUCCCAAUUUCAAUCCCAUAAUGGAUGCCCAAAUGCUAGGAGGAGCACUUGAAGGAUUUGGCUGUGACAAAGACAUGCUGAUUGACAUUCUAACGCAACGUUGUAAUGCACAAAGACAGAUGAUUGCAGGGGCGUACCAGAGCAUGUAUGGCCGGGACCUGACUUGUGACCUGAAGGAGAAGCUUUCAGAUCACUUCAAAGAUGUUAUGGUUGGCCUCAUGUACCCACCCCCAUUGUAUGAUGCUCACGAACUCUGGCAUGCCAUGAAGGGAGCAGGCACUGACGAGAACUGCCUCAUUGAUAUAUUAGCUUCAAGAACAAGUGGAGAAAUUUUCCAAAUGCAAGAAGCCUUCUGUUUGCAAUACAACAGCAACAUUCAAGAGGCUAUUUACUCAGACACCUCAGGGCACUUCAGAGAUACUCUCAUGAACUUGGUCCAGGGAACCCGAGAGGAAGGAUACACAGAUCCUGCUAUGGCGGCUCAGGAUGCAAUGGUCCUAUGGGAAGCCUGUCAGCAAAAGACAGGGGAACACAAGACCAUGCUGCAGAUGAUCCUAUGUAACAAGAGCUACCAACAGCUGUGGCUGGUUUUCCAGGAAUUUCAAAGUAUUUCUGGUCAAGACAUUGUAGAUGCCAUAAAUGAAUGUUAUGAUGGAUACUUUCAAGAGCUUCUAGUUGCAAUUGUUCUCUGUGUUCGAGAUAAACCAGGUUUCUUUGCUUAUAGACUACAUAGUGCAAUACAUGACUUUGGUUUUCAUAAUAAAACAGUAAUCAGGAUACUGAUUGCCAGAAGUGAAAUAGAUCUGAUGAAUAUAAGAAAGCGAUACAAGAGAGAUAUGGAAAAUCCCUAUUUCAUGAUAUCAAGUGUGAAUUUUGCUUCAGGACAUUAUGAGAAAGCUCUGCUUGCCAUCUGUGCUGGGGAUGCUGAUGACUACUAA